AUGCACAAACGCAAGGCGAAGAACCAUUCACCGCUGGCGCAUUCAGAUGCAAGAUUCCAGUACCGAUUUCUCUCUCAACUCAAAGCCACCCUAACAAGAAGUGCAGCCAUUAACGACUCCACUGCUCCCGUCGUCGUCUCAUUCUCUUCUCGAGGGGCCAACGACAUCUCGAAAGACAUUCUAAAGCCGGACAUAAGCGCUCCCGGAGUAGACAUCUUAGCCGCAUUUUCCCCUGUGGCUUCAAUCUCCAAAGUGCAUGGAGACACGAGAUCUGUGAAGUAUAGUAUACUAUCUGGGACGUCCAUGGCAUGUCCCCACGCUACCGGUGCAGCCGCAUACGUUAAGUCAUUCCAUCCAAAAUGGUCGCCGGCAGCCAUCAAGUCAGCUCUCAUGACCACUGCAUCCCCAAUGAAUGGAAACACGACCGUAUUCGCCUAUGGUGCAGGCCACAUCAAUCCAAUCAAGGCCGUUGAUCCGGGCCUUGUUUAUGCUACUCAACAAGGAGACUACAUAAAAAUGCUAUGUAGUGAAGGUUACAACUCAACGACGCUACGGCUCAUAACCGGGCAUAAAACCACAUGUCCCACCUCAAGCACAGCUACGAAGGAUCUUAAUUACCCUUCAAUGACAUUAUCAGUCAAAGCAAACAGUUGGAUCACAGCCAAUUUCACCAGAACGGUCACUAAUGUGGUGCCCAUGAAUUCAAAAUACAAAGUGACAUUUAAUCCCAACUCUUCGCUUAACAUUACGGUUAGCCCGAGCGUGCUAUCUUUCAAGUCGUUGGGCGAGAAACGGACAUUCAUCGUGACGGUUGAAGGGGCGGUGAAGAAAGGCGGCCCGUCGGGCCGUUUGUCCGCUACUUCGAUUGUGUGGUCUGAUGGUGCCCAUAAUGUGAGGAGUCCCAUAGUUGUGUAUGCAAGCUAGAAAUAUGAAUUUGUUUGAUGGAACCCCCAUUGGCUUAUGAUAUAUGAUUAAUCUUAAUUUGGUAUUUUUAUCUCAGUAGUACUUAAUAACUGA